AUGAAGUCCCUUGCAACAUUUCUCCUCCUGACUCACCACCUGGUUGGUAGGCUGGUUGCCGCUGAUGCAGAAGAUUGCCGUUGCUUUCCAGGCGACCCGUGUUGGCCGACUGACUCCCACUGGGCGAAGCUGAACAGCACUCUGGGCGGGAGAUUGAUACGGACCGUACCCAUCGGCGCCCCUUGCCAUGAUCCGGACUACAACGAGGAGGCUUGCCAGGCAGUAAGGGCGGCGUGGAACGACCCUGACACCCACCUGGAGACGAGCCACUCGCCCAUGAGCAGCUUUUGGGCGACAAUGGGCGAUUCCUGCGACCCGUUUGCCGAUAGAUCAACCAGUUGCGGGCUGGGAGGAUACCCGCAGUACGUUGUCAACGUGUCCAGCGCCGACGAUGCCUCGCAAGCUGUUCGCUUCGCCAAGGAGACGAACAUUCGUUUUGUGAUCCGAAACACCGGCCAUGAUUACUUGGGAAAAUCCACGGGCGCAGGCUCCCUCGCCGUCUGGAUGCAUCAUCUUCGAUCCCUUGAAGUGGUUGACUGGGAAGGCAAACACUAUGUCGGGAAAGCCAUCAAAAUGGGCGCCGGUGUCCUGGGUCAUGAAGCAGUCAGCUUCACAACAGAGCACGACCUACUUGUGGUAUCUGGAAAUGGCCCGACUGUCGGCAUCGCCGGCGGCUACACUCUCGGGGGUGGACACUCGUCGCUAUCCUCGAAGUAUGGGCUGUCGGCGGAUCGAGCUCUCGAGUACGAAGUCAUCGAUGGGAAAGGAGAAUACCUGGUCGCCAAUCGCGAAAAGAACCAGGAUUUGUACUGGGCGUUGAGCGGCGGUGGCGGCGGCUCAUAUGGCGUGGUGCUGUCAACAACCGUCAAAGCUGACCCCGAAGUUCCCGUCUCGCUGGGAACUCUCAAGUUUUCUGCAAGGGGCCUGAUGGAAGACGACUUCAUUGGCGCGAUCGAGGCUUUCCACUUGACCCUCCCUGCUCUUGUCGCCGCAGGAUGUCAACCUCUAUACUCUUUCGGCCGAGAGGGCUUCGACCUCAUGGCUCUGUCGGCUCCAGACCUCACCCCAGCCCAGGUCGGCAGUCUGCUCGAACCCUUUCUAGCCCACCUAGACAACCUCGGCGUCGACUACGAGAAAAACAUCAUCCCGUUUCCGAAAUACGGGGAGUUUUUCAAGGCCAUCUCUCAGGCUCAAAGCAAAGGCGUCGCCAACGCCGUCUAUGGCGGUUCUUGGUUCAUCCCCCGCAUUCGCAUGGUCGGCAAAGGUAGCCGAGCGCUGAUUGAGGAAAGCUUCAGACUGCAAGACCAAGGUGCAAUGCAGCUGUUCAUGGGGUUUAACCUGUCGACGGCUGGUCGUGAUGUUGACAACUCAGUCCACGGCGGAUGGAGAGAGAUGCUGAUUGACACCGUGUUCAUGAUACCGAUCAGCAAUGACGGCGGUGCUGAAGCCAUGGGACUCAUAAGUAGAAAAGCCACCAAGCUGGCGUCGGGGCUCCAGAGGCUUGCUCCACAUGCAGGAACUUAUCCUAGUGAGGCGGACCCCAACGACCCCGACUGGAAACAGAACUUUUAUGGUGAAAACUAUGGCAGGCUCCUGGACAUCAAACAAAAGUACGACCCUGACCACGUCUUUUACGGAAGUACGGCGGUUGGGGGAGAUCUUUGGUCGCCUAAGGCGGACGGGCGACUGUGCCAGAGUCGUGAGAGUACACAUACAGGUACUGGAAGCGAAAAGGAUGAGCUUUGA